CCCCUGUUGAUCUGGAAUGGUUCAGUCCGGGACUUGAAGUAUUUUGCGGGAAGCUGCGGAGUGUUUACAAAACAGUGAAGUGUUCCCAAAUGAGGGUCAAAGGAAAGGGCCGAGGAGCCAAAGUGCUCAAGGAGCAACGACAGAAACAAAACCAGAAAGGUCAAUCUAAUGAUAAAACGGUCUCUCCCGACCUGUCGGCUAUCGGCACAUCCAGCUUCCUGGAGGGACUGCAGCAGGGUGAUGGCAACCCUCUGCACAGCACGGCCCUGGAGGAGGAUUUAACAGACCUGGAGGAGGAAAAGACGAGCAGAGGCAAAGCUGAGAGGAAGGAAAUUCCUCAGACGAAGAAGAAAACUGUUAAACAGGCUGGAGCUGCUGCCAAGAGGAAGGAGGCCGAGAGGGAUGGAGAGGAGGAGGAGGAGAGAGAGAAGAAAAGGGGGAGGAGGAGUUCUGGAGCGAGGCCGAUGGACAAUCAGCAGAUAAAGAAAGGCAGGAAGAGAAGCAGUGAAUCAGGAGGUGGAGCGAGCCGGGAGUCUGAGUCACAGGAGGAAUCUGAUGAUGCCUCCCCCCAGCGGAGCCGUAGGAGACUCUUAUCCUCUGAGGACGAGGACGAGGAGCAGAGCUGGCACCCAAGUCCAGAGAAGCCCAGGAUGAAUGGUUUUGGCAGAACCAGAAAGUCUUCAUCAGAGAAGUCUAAAUCUAGAAAGUCUUCAUCAGAGAAGUCUAAAUCUAGAAAGUCUUCAUCAGAGAAGUCUAAAUCUAGAAAGUCUUCAUCAGGUAGUUCAUCUGCUGAACCAGAGAAGUCGAGCGAGAACCAGAGGAGGAGACGUGGAGGAACUCAGCUGGAGGUGGUGCUGGACGCCUUCCUGGACUUCUGUCAGCAGUACAGGCAGUCUGUGGAGUCUACGUCUGUCAAAAAGUCUAUUGAUUCUUUCUCCUCCAAUGUGGAAGAGCACAUACUGGAAAAGGUCGCUUCGUUGAAGGAACUCAAGGUUCUUAAAAGAGAAAACGCCAAGGUCGGUUCUUUGAUCCGCACAAAGACACAGAGACUGCUGGAAGCCAAACAUGAGCAGAUGAGGGCAGAGAGGCAGCUGUCGUUGCUGCAGAAGGAGAAAACUGAGCUGGAGGUCCGAUUAUCUGAUCUGAGACGAGGCCGGGCCUUCCUGCAGGACAUCAGAGAGCUCCACAGACAAUACCUGGAGCACCGACACACACAGCCCCGAGGAGAAGAGACGUACGGGGCUUCCUGCUUGCCGGCUCUGCUGUUGGAGACCAAACUUCAGAGCAUCAGCUGAAAAGAAUCAAUGACGACACAAAAAAAAGACUUGAGACUGAAAUAAUGUCACAGGUUAGAUACUCCAAGGAGCAUGUUAGCAAUACUUAGGCUGCUGUUUUGUUGUUUUAAGGCUUUAAAACAGAAAGUUGCUUGACAUUUUGGAUUGUUGAUUUUUGUUGUGGUCCAUAUUUUCCUCUGUAUACUGCUAAUACUGGGUCAUCGCCAUAUAACAAUACUGUAUGUAUAAUAAAUGCAAAAAAAGAGACAA